AUGUCUUCGCUGUUCCAGAACUCGUUCUACAUUGGCAACAUCAUCAAUGGUGUCCUAUACGGGGUCGAGCUGGUCCUUUAUCUCACAACGAUGUAUUGGUUGUUGGAGAAGAAGAGAAAACACACGCGUAGGGACUCCGACAAGUUCUUCAUGUUCUUCAGCACCGUACUAUUCACCAUGUCGACAAUCAACCUUAUCGUCGAGUCGAUAUUCGGGGAGGAGAUGUGGAUCGUCAAUGCAGACUACCCUGGAGGCAUGAACGCGUGGUUUGCCGCUAAUGCGUCUGUGUGGUAUGAGACAAUGGGGUCUGCAGCGGGUGUCGUGCUCAACCUCUUUGCCGACGGUCUCAUGAUUUACCGAUGCUUCGUGAUCUACAAUAGCUUCGCUAUCGUUAUAUUCCCUUGUUUCCUGUACAUUAGUACUUUCGCUCUCGGCAUCGCGACGCUCUACAUGUCCGGCAAGCCCAGCGGCGACUUCUUCGCGGGCCAGGCGGCGGACGUUGCGCUCGCGUACAACUGCGGGACCAUAGGCAUCAAUGUCAUCGUCACCUGCUUGAUUUGCGGCCGGAUCUUCUACUUUGCGCGCCGCGCCCGCAGGGAGCUCGACUACGCCGCGGCAGAACCAUACAUGAACGCGCUCGCGAUCGUCAUCGAGUCUGCACUGCCGUUUAGUGUCUUCGGGAUCAUGUUCCUCGUCACGUACGGGAUGAACAACGGCUUGGAGAUGACCUUCAUGUCGUUCUACGUGCUUUUCACUGCGAUCUCUCCGCAACUGAUCGUGAUGCGCGUCAUAGCUGGACGUGCGUGGACAAGGCAGACAGGUGCGGCGAUGACCACGAUGGAGUUCGUGUCAUCACCAGGGGAGACCAUGGAGACUUCUGGUCAGAGCAAUAGUGUGGACAACGAUGCUAUAGACGUGAGCCUGCGAGCAAUGGAGAAAGGAGGCGACCUGUCAUCUGUUGAUAUUGUCAAUCGUGUAAGCUUCGAUAGCCUGCGCCCGGCCUUCCGGUCACAGAACAGGUUGGGCAUACCGUGCCCUCUGACCCUUCCAUUCCAACCAAUUCUUUCGCAUCGCCUUGUACAUGGCCUGCCAAUCCACACAUUGGUAGUCAGCAAUGAAUCUCUCCGACGAAAUGUUGCGAGUGAGGACAUCCGGUGGCUCGAGAGUGAUGUCGGCUCCGCAGAGCACCGAGUGACGCAGGACGUUGAGGCAGUGCGUCGAAUGGCCGGCCUCGUCCUCCGGAAUGGCUUCCUCCCUCUGCAGGAUGCCAAACAUCCGCUGCAUGCAGUGCAGCUCGUGGGUGAAGGCGAGCGAGAAGAAACGAUUGUUUGGGCCGAGGCGGACCUCUUGGUCCCCGACGGGACCAGCCCAUAG